AUGUCUGAAAACGCCAAAAAAGAGUCAUCCUCACUAUCAAAGGGCACAAGCCUGCGAGAGCUGUGGCCCUUAUUUUUCACGUCCUUAUAUAGAAAGUUCAAUCAGAUCAACACGCACCUCACGUUUCUCUCUUCCUUCUCUCGCCACACGAUUCCCACGGCAGACUUGCUCCGGAAACUCGACGCGGAUAUCUCUAACCUUGAUCUUCAGAUAAUAAAAUACUUGCUUCCUCAAGGGGAUGUCAUUUUUGACUAUUUCGAUGAAAACCAAGUACUUCUCCAACACCUUGAAAAAGUGCAAUAUUCGGCCCAGAACGGGUACACACAAAACCAGCCCAAAACAGUCGAUGACGCCUACGAAGCGUUGGCCAAAGAAGCCGAAUCGCCGGGACAUGAACGCCAGCUACUAGUCUUCGAGUUCUGCGAUGUGCGGACACAAGGAAUCGGAGCUGCCAUCAAAGGUAAAAGCUAUCAGAGUAAGAAAAGACAGAAAACACAAACUUCGGCCUCGCCCGGUUUUUUUUCAACGAGCAGCAAUAUGUCUUUGGGGAGCCUUACUCAGGAACAGCUCUUGGCCAUUAUUAGAGGGCGCAACGAGAGAUUCUGUGCAUGCAUAGAGGGCUACUUGGACCUGUUUUCUUCAGAAGAUACGAGUGAGGGAGUGCCGUUCAAAAGUUUGGUCGAAACAUGUACUCAGAGCAUGCCCGAGCCGGCAAAUUUGGCAGAUCCGGUGACGAUCAUGGAAACUGCCACCAACACUGCAGGAAACAGGGUUUCUUCUAAUGAAAAGCCGCAUUUGGAUGAAAUGCUCCUGGCCCUUAAAACUGCCCCCUUGUUCCGAGACCAGAUUCGAAACACCUAUACGCUUACUGAAGCUCGAACUGCCCGGUUGGAGCCGGUGGCCCCGGGCCUUCUUCAUCUGGAUCUCGUGGAUGCACUUUGGAAUUAUAAGGGCGUGGAUGCCGUCGAAGAUGGCCUAUACUUGCACCAGACAAAAGCAAUAUCUGCUAUCGUCAACGACAAGAAACACGUGAUUGUGUCAACGUCUACCAGCUCGGGCAAAUCGUUCAUAUACCAACUCCCAAUAUUGAACGACAUUCUACGCGACUGUGACUCUGGGGUCAACGAAAAGAAACGCACCACCACCGCCAUGCUUAUCUUCCCAACCAAGGCCCUAGCGCAGGAUCAGAUGAGGCAUCUUCGCGAGCUCAUAUCCCAUCUUCCGCAAAAUAAGCGGAAAAUUGUCGUGGACACGUAUGAUGGAGACACUCCGGCGAAAAGCAGAGGCUACAUCCGAAACUUUGCAGACAUCAUAUUCACGAACCCAGAUGCAAUCCACGCUGCUAUUCUUCCAAACCUGAUUUCUGAGGAGUAUGGCCAAAACCGUGGUUGGCUGGAGUUUCUCUCCAAUCUCAAGUAUGUUAUCAUGGAUGAGUUGCACGUUUACAAGGGAACGUUUGGCAUCCAUGUCCUGUAUGUCAUGGCACGCUUAAACCGUCUUCGAGCCACGAUCAGCUUGAAUGAUUCGGUGCCGCUAUAUAUUUCGUGCUCAGCGACCAUUGACAACCCGGAAGCCCAUUUCCGAACCCUUUGUGCGAUCCCGCAGAUGGAAGGGUUACUUCAUGUGUUCGAAGAUGGAAGCCCAAGCACGGAGAAGAAAAUGGUGAUAUGGGAGCCCCCGAUCUUGAUGAACAAAAAGGGCCAGCGAGAACUUCCCCAGGCUCAAUUGAAGUCUGCCACGUCAUUGAAAUCACCUAUUCAAUCUGCAUUUCUUCCCAGAGAAAACAUCGUAGGGGAACUGGCCAAGAUUCUCGUGCACCUCUUAUGCUCACUUCCGUCAAUCAAAGUGAUUGUUUUUUGUCCUAUUAGAGCUGUGUGCGAGCUUUUGAUCAAGGAAGUCAAGACCUUGAUAUCCGAUAAACAACAUCCAGAAUGGAACUCUCUCAGUGAACAUGAUGUCAUGGCUUACAGAGGAGGAUACGCGAAAGCUGACCGCCGGGCUAUUGAGCAUAAAAUGUUUCUGGGCCAUCUACGAGCAAUUGUCGCCACAAAUGCAUUGGAGCUCGGCAUCGAUUUGUCGGACUUGGAUGUUGUGGUCUCGUGUGGGUUCCCCAUACUGAAACUGAAUUUACACCAGCAAUUCGGAAGAGCGGGCAGGGGAAAGUCUUCUAAAGGCAGCUUGGCCAUCUUGGUUUGCGGAGCCUCGCCGAUAGACAGACACUACCUCAAGAACUCACAUGAGCUUUGCGACAAAACUUAUGAGGAUCUUUGCGUAGAUGGUUUCCUCGACGGGAGCCUGAAUAGAUUGGUGAUGUCCAUGCACCUACAAUGUGCCGCCUUCGAAUGGCCCUUGGAUUUGGAGAAUGACGGCAAAUGGUUUUGUAUUAGAAAUGACCCAAAUGCCCCGAAAAAGUUCUUGGAGCUUUGCACCGAGAAAUUGCACCAGGAUAAAAAGGGCUUUUAUCGCACAGAUCCCCGCUAUUUGCCGUGGCCCGCAGAGAAAGUGUCGCUUAGAGCUAUUGAGCAAACUAUGUACGCCGUUGUGGACAUCACCGAUAACAGAAACAUCGUCAUCGAAGAAGUGGAAGAGCUGCGCACAAGCUUCACGCUCUAUGAGGGAGGAAUAUUUCUUCACCAGGGACUUCCUUAUCUCGUGAAGGAUUUCAAUACGGACGGCAGAUAUGCUAAGGUCGAAAGGGUCAAGGUGAGCUGGACCACUCAGCAGAGAGAUUUUUCAGACGUGGAUCCCAUGGAAAUUGAGAUGGUGAAACAGCUCAAUAUCAACAAAAACGCUGCACCAACUGAUAUCCCGGUUUUUUACGGAAAAGUGCAGACAAUGAUCAUUGUCUUUGGGUACUUCAAGGUCAAUCGCAAGAGCGAUAUUUUGGAGGCUGUAGAAGUCAAAAAUCCACCUGUGAUUUUGAAAUCGAAAGGGUUUUGGAUAGACAUUCCUUCAAGGGCAGUCGAUAUCAUUAAGGAGAAACGCCUCAAUCCUGCUGGUGGAAUUCAUGCCGCUCAACAUGCAAUUAUGAAUGUACUCCCCUUGUAUGUUACCGGAGGGGCAACUACAAACCCCAAUGCUAGAUGGACCCCCAAUGGUGCUGACGCUGAGCUUUCCACCGAAUGCAAAGCGCCAGAAAAAGAAUUCGCAAGGAGGCAAUCCAUGAGGAAAAGGCCAGCACGAUUGAUAUUUUACGACUCAAAGGGCGGUGAGCAAGGCACAGGCAUGUCGGGCAAAACGUUCGAGUAUAUUGAUGAGAUUGUAUGUGCAACGUAUGAAAGAGUCCGAGACUGUGAGUGUGCAUGGGGAUGUCCUCUGUGUGUGGCAGGGACAUUUUGCAAGGAAAACAUGCUCGUUAUGUCGAAACCCGGGGCUGUGAUAAUCCUUGGCACUUUGUUGGGGGUUGACGCAGAAGAAUUGAAAAGCUCUGUUCCAGAUGGGCCCGAGCCAAACAUGCCUUCAACAGGCACAGAGACAAUCUCCAAAGGAGAACAAAUCGUCAAGUUCUCUCCAGACGUUCAGAUAGUCGCUGUGAAAAAGGCGAAAAGGGAACCGCUUGUGAUCAAGCAGGAGAGCAACGACAUCUAG